GCAGAUCUGUAGAGGCUGAUUGAGAACUGCACUUGUAACUAUACCUAUACCAAUCUGAUGAUGAAGAAACAGAUGUUAUUGGAAUACAAAGUGAAUACUGCAUCAGAUCACAUCGUGGUCUCCAACAGAGCUGAGGUCCCUGGAUGUGGUGCCGUGUAGGUGUGUACUCCUGUUAGCCAAUGACUUGACUGGUGCUGAAAUCCCCCAGGAGGGAGUUUAUCUCUCAGGCUAGUCACACUAAAAGCCUUACUUAUUCCACUGUUAGCUUGCUGGUACUUAUCAGUAGUGCUGCUGCUCUGGCGCUGUGAUUUCCUGAACAGAGAUUAUUUGUGUACACCUUCUGAUUCUUUUCUUGGAUGCUCAUCAUAAUGAAAUGAUUAAAAGGACAUCUUUGAACGAUUGAAGGAUAUAUCUUUUUUUCUGUGGAAGAUGAGAUUUUAAUGUGUGGAGGAUUUUGACAGCCUUUCUUGCAGAGUUAAAUUGUCUUGUGAUCUUCCUAGGUAGAGGAAAUGAUUCUACAAAUUAAGAUACCAGAGUGCAAAAUAUUCUACGCAUUGGGAUUCUAGAAAUGAUGUUGCAUACCCAUGUUUUGUUUACUUUUAAUUUCCAGGGAACUAAAGCCUGUGGGAAUCUGUGAGAAUUAGCAUUUUUUUCGAUGUGUUUAUUAAUAGUUUUUCAUCUUAUAAAUUUUUUACAUGGAACUGUCUGAUUACAUGCUGAAAUCAAUAAGUACAUAUUAUUUUACAAGGCGAAUUGAUUCAACACAUUUGCUUCAGUAUUGAAUAUUGUUAAAAAAUUGGAUCACAACAACUGUUUUGAUAAGAAAAAAGCCAUUGCCUGGAGUUUUGGAUGUGACACAAAUUUAGUUCUUGCUUCAUUCAAACAACCAGAGAAUGAAUAGGUUUACUGGUACAGAGGACCAAAAAUUUGGAAAUGGUGAAAACACUGACCACUUUCUUGGCAACCAUGCUGCUUCCAGGGCAAACUCAAUGUCCUCCAAUCAAAAUACCGGACUACCUGGACAGAUUUCUCCUAGUAGGAGCUGGCAUCACAGUCUCACGACAUCCGAACAUUCAGAGCUGAGAUUUGAUGUGAGUGGCUUUGACAGUCACAGAAGGUUAUCGCAAGGGUCAAGGACUGCACUAUUUGGUAACCAUGACAGCCAUCUAAGGUUGAGAGACCCCAAGUUUGUAAGUACAUCCAGUAGUCCAGAAAAAAGUCCAGGGAUCGAGUCCGAUGAUUCUCUGUCAUCUGCGAGUAGUUGUGGCCCAAGACAGACUGUGAGUUAUAGAAAGCGUAGUUUGAGACACAGAAGGAGUGAGGACAGAGACUUGGGUAAGCUGCUGUCUGAUAGUGUAGAAGAGGCAGAAUCAUUGUCUUACCCAAGGUCACAGUUGGGUGGUGAUGAAGGACGCAGGUUCAGGAAUGGUCACCGUCCUGCUAGUGUGUGUGGAUAUAAUGUGCUCUGGGAAAAUCGAGUUCAGGAACUUGUUGAACUGUUGACAAGAACCUCCUUGGAAACUCACAAACUUGACUUGAUGGCCGAGAUCUCCAGCCUCAAGAUCAAACUGGCCUCGGCUGAUAAGGACAGACGGGACCUGGAUGACAGACUCAGGUUAUCUCAGAGACAUGCAAAGGAACUGGAAUCAAGGUUAGCUGUAAAAGACGCUGAAAUCAAUGAACUGCGACAGAAGCUGUUGAGGAACGGCACAAUUUCAGCUCCCGAUUCAAGUGGAGAUUCUUCAGUGAGCAGUUUAGAGAAAUCGGUAGACAGAGAAAAAACUUUAGAUAGACUUAAGCGCAAACAUCAUGAAGUUGAAAAAUUGAAAAAGGCGGUGGAAGCUUUGAUGUUCUCUAAUCAGGAAAAGGACAAAAGAAUUGAUGAACUACGUAGACUUUUACGAAGAUACAAGAAAAUUGAAGAAAUGGUGGUUCAGGCUCAAGGUCGUAAGGCUCUGGAAGAGAUGAUUUUAAAUGCCGAGGACGAUACCAGCUCCACAAGUUCCACAACUCCGUCAAUAAAUGACAAUGUCCCCAGAGAUCAACAGUGUGAAGAAGGGAAAGAGAGACCUUAUCCAAAUCCAAGUGCCACUAGUACGCCAGUGCACUCUUUGCCAGAGAAUGGCAUCGGAACAGGAAGUUCCACCGUCCUAUCUGGGUCAUCUCGCCGAGCCCUGCAGCGCUCCAACAGUGCCGAGGAUGUUACGCCCACCAAUCAGAAAAAAAAAUCCUCAAUAAACAACAAUGAACCUGAGGGAUAUCACAAUGGAGGAACGCUUAACUUUGGUACGUUUCCGGGUGAGGGUAGUGAGGUACGAAGGUCUCGGGGUUUCCUUGCCCUCGGAACAGCCCUGCUUCGUGUCAAAACGGGAAAACGGAGCACAUCAGCUCCCAACUUAGCUAACACAGAAGUGGUGACAGAUGAUGAGGAUGGAUUACAACAUGUGGGGACAUCUCGACCCCCGGAUGUCAAAAAGAAAAAGGGCAUCAGGGGCCUGUUUGGGAAAUUAAAGAGGAGUGGAUCACAAGAUUUUCAUGAACGUGAGAGAGACCAAUUCAGAAGGGGAGGUGUGAGAGCUACAGCGACAGCUCGACUCGGAUGGUCUCGAGAUGUGCGCAGUAAUGAUGAGAUGCCAUUCUCCCGCUGGGACUGUGAGAGGGUGUGUCUGUGGCUGAAUGACUUAGGUCUCAACAUGUACCUCAUGGAUUGUCGCAGAUGGGUCAAAAACGGGGAUCAACUCUUAAGAGCAACUCAACAUGAAAUAGAAAAGGAGCUUGGUGUGAAACAUCCCCUUCACAGAAAGAAACUCCAGUUAGCAUUACAACAGAUCAGCAGCACGGGCAAAGUCAAGAAACAAGACCUGGAUCACCACUGGGUUACACGUUGGCUGGAUGACAUCGGAUUGCCCCAGUACAAAGACAAUUUCUAUGAUGGCAGAGUGGAUGGUCAAAUGUUACACUAUCUUACUGUGGAGGAUUUACUGUCGCUGAAAGUGACCAAUGAACUUCACCAUGUCAGUAUCAAACGAGCCAUCCAAGUGUUACAUGCCCAUGGAUUUAACCCUCAGUGCCUUCGAAGGAGACCCUCCCCUGAUGAAGGUCAGUUACAAAAUAUCCCAGCUGAUGUCUCAUUGUGGACAAACCAUAGAGUGAUGGAGUGGCUCCGUACCAUAGAUCUGUCAGAGUACGCUCCUAACCUCAGAGGCAGUGGAGUUCACGGCGCUUUAAUCGUCCUGGAACCAAGAUUCAAUGCAGAAUUAUUUGCCCAGAUUUUAUCAAUCCCUCACAACAAAACUCUGUUAAGGAGACAUCUCAGCACUCAUGUUGUGGCUCUCAUUGGCAACGAAACUCAGCACAAAAAGCGGGAGGCCGAGUCCACUCCUGGUUACGUGCCUCUCCUACCUAGUGCUAAAGUCAAGAGUAAGAAGUUUGGGAUUUUUGGUCACAAGAGGAAUAAAUCUGACGCUGAUUUGGAGGAUUUUAUCUGUCCAGACUUUACAAGGAGACAGAAUGGGGGUCCUCAAACAAAGGAGAGAGAUGAAAAGGCUGCUAAAGAAAUAGGUGCUUACUCUAAAGAGAUCAAUACUUUAACAGAUAUGCUUGCGCGUGACAAGUUUCUGGACAAUGUACCCACAUCUAAUGUGUGAAUUUAUACUGAAAACUGAAUAUUUACCAAAUAUGAAGUGGAUCAAAACCCCUGCCAUUGAAAUCAAUCAUGAAAACCAUGCACAGGUAGACUCUACCCACAAUCCUGUGUUUUAGGGAUAAUUUGUUUACUUUGGUUGUGAUGGUAACCAAUGUGCCUUCCUGGUGGCUGGCCACUAUUAAGUAUCUCAUAGAUGACAAGUAUGCCAAAUUUUUAUCUUGUAUUUAUAGUUUUUAACGUGUUUUACUGAGGUUGUAAAAUUGUGAACAAAUGAAAUUGUAUAUAAAUGCAAUUAUGUAUAGAAGAAAUUAUGUCCAUAGUUUGUAUAUAGGAAAAUAUGUAGUUAGAAGUUGUAGAAAAAAUAGUAUAGAAUGUAAAUUAAAUCAUUCAUACUGUCAUAUUAUCUUUCGGAUUUUAUUAAGUAUUUGACAUUUUGCAUGUUCUUGGUUAUUUUUUUUUUCUAAGUAAAAUAUCAUUCAACCAUUCUAAUUCAUAGACAACAUAUAUUUUAUUUUACAUUUUAAAACAGAUUUUUAAGUCAAUGUAGUCAUACAGUGCCUCAAGCAAGUUUUAGUGCUAAACUUUGAAUACAUAUUUAAUUAAAAAAUAUCUUUUUGAGUAUUAGUUAAAUUGUUUGUAUUAUUGGGAUAUUAAUCUUUGUUAUAAAAGGAAAGAAAUGAUUUAUAAUGUCAACUUUAUAUUUUAUUUUGGAACCAUCAAUUUUUUUUCCAUUUAAUUGUUCACUUUUUUUUCAUCUUAUGUGUUAAAAUACAAAGAGUGGAAAAGUUAUGGUGUUAUUUGAACAGUCUUGGAAAGGAAGUUUAAACAAAUCAAGUCCUACAGAUUUUGCUGGACAAAAUCAAAUACAAAUUAAAUUUUUCUCUUUGUUUUCCUUAAUAGAUAGCUCCUGUUCCCUGAUAAUACAUUGACGUUUUCAGCAUUUUGUUCCUAUUCAUAAGCAUUAUAUCUUUUAACCAGUUUUGUGAGAUCUGUUAUUUUCAUCUUAUUAAAAGCAAUUUAUAUUUCUUCUGUCAACACAUGAAUAAAGAUUUCGUCAGGAUUUUUCAAACGGUUAAUUUAUGAGUAAGGUAGAGCCCAGUAUUGAAAAGAUAUUUAGAAAUUCAUGGCUAAAAUGUUCUAAUAUUACAUGUAUAUAUAUUAUAUGACAUCACAAUGUUUGUAUAGGUAAUAUCCAACACUCCUACCGCUACAUGGUAUUAUAGGGCUUUUUCAUAUUUUUUUUAAAAAAGUAUUUUUAUAGAAUAAUAUCAAUGGUUGGCUAUUAGUUUGCCUGAAUUGUUGAUGCUUGAACUGAACUUUCACUGUUUAUUAUUAAAAUAGCUCAAAAUGUAAUCUUUAUCAAACAUAAGUAAUUCAUAAAUUUUAAUUAGGUAACUGAAAUGUGGGAGAUUUUGUUAUCAAUUUUAAGCUUAUUUUUAGUGGACAUGUUAUUUCCUCAUUAUUGGGACCUUAUUCAUUGCUUCUCAUGGUAUGAUCAUAAACUCCUUUAAAAUACAGGAAAUAAGUUCUGUCUGAAACUUUUUGACUUUGUAUUUUUAUGUUGUAUUUUUUCAUAGAAAUUGUUUUACAUUUCUUUCCAUUAAACCAUGUUUUAGAAUGCAAAACAAUAAAAUCUAUUUUAAAUGACA